AUGGCAACAUUAUAUGGCUUUACCAAUGAAAAAGUGAAGGCAUAUCUUUCUCUUUACCCCAAGGUAUUAGAUGAAUUUGUAUCUGAAAGUGUUAGUGCAGAGAGAGUAGAGAAAUGGCUGAAGAGGAAGAACGACAAAUCAGAAGAUGAAUCGGCUCCUAAGGAAGUCAGCAGGUACCAAGAUACCAAUAUGCAGGGAGUUGUUUAUGAACUAAACAGCUACACAGAACAAUGGUUGGACACAGCAGGAGACAACCAGCUACUGCUCUGUGAACGGAGCAGCAUCGUAAAAAUAGCCACAAAAGCUGAUGGAUUUGCUCUGUAUCUCCUUGGAGAGGGCAAUAAUAGGCUGUGCAUAUUCACACCACCCAGAUUAAAGGAAGGAAAACCCCGCCACAUCCCUGCUGGGCCCGUCACCCAGGGAGCCACCAUCUCUGCUUAUGUAGCCAAGUCCAGGAAAACACAGCUGGUAGAAGACAUCCUUGGGGAUGAAUGAUUCCCACAACGUACUGGACUGGAAUCAGGGACUUGCAUCCGGUCUGUUCUUUGCUUACCAAUUGUCACUGCAGUUGGUGACUUGAUUGGUAUUCUUGAGCUGCAUCGGCACUGGGGCAAAGGAGCCUUCUGUCUUAGUCACCAAGAGGCUGCAACAGCAAAUCUUGCCUGGGCUUCACUAGCAAUACGUCAGGUGCAGGUAUGCAGAGGCCUUGCCAAACCGACUGAAUUGAAUGACUUUCUACUCCAUGUAUCAAAAACAUAUUUUGAUAACAUAGUUGCAGUAGAUUCUCUACUUGAACGCAUGAUGAUAUAUGCAAAAAACCUGGCAAAUGCUGGUCGUUGUCCACUUUUCCAGGUAGACCAUAAGAACAAGGAGUUAUAUUCAGACCUUUUUGACACUGGAGAGGAAAAGGAAGGAAAACCUGUCUUCAAGAGGACCAAAGAGAUAAGAUUUUCAGUAGAGAAAGGAAUUGCUGGCCAUGUAGCAAGAACAGGGGAAGCCCUGAACAUUCCAGAUGCCUAUGCAGACCCACGCUUUAACAGAGAAGUAGACUUGUACACAGGCCACACCACGCGGAACACCCUGUGCAUACCCAUCAGCCGAGGAAGCGUGAUAGGUGUUGUGCAAAUGGUCAACAAAAUAAGUGUCAGUGCCUUCUCUAAAGCAGAAGAAAACAAUGUUAAAAUGUUUUCCGUCUUUUGUGCUUUAGCCUUACACUGUGCUAAUAUGUAUCAUAGAAUUCAUCACUCAGAGUGCAUUUACCGGGUAACAAUGGAAAAGCUGUCCUACCACAGCAUUUGUACUGCAGAAGAGUUGCAGGGCUUCAUGCGAUUCACCCGUCCCGUGCGUCUCCACAAAUAAAUUGAAUUAUUCCACCUUGACAUCGGUCCUUUCGAAAACAUGUGGCCUGGAAUUUUUGUCUAUAUGGUUCAUCGGUCCUAUGGGACAUCCUGCUUUGAACUUGAAAAGUGGUGUCCUUUUAUUAUGUCUGUGAAGAGCUACUGGCGAGUUCCCUAUCACAACUGGAAGCAUGCGGUCACGGUAGCGCACUGCAUGUACGUCAUACUUCAGAACAACCACACGCUUUUCACAGAGCUUGAGCGCAAAGGAUUGCUGAUUGCGUGUCUGUGUCAUGACCUGGACCACAGGGUCUUUACUAACAGGUGCCCGCAGAAGUUCGACCGCCCUGCAGCUCUCUACUCCACCUCCACCAUGGAGCAGCACCACUUCUCCCAGACGGUGUCCAUCCGCCUGUUGGAAGGGCACAAUAUCUUCUCCACUCUGUGGUGCUUUAAGUCACUAAAUCUGCUAUCGUUUUUUUACAACAGGGAAUCCACACCAUAUGCCAUCAUUGUAUUCACAGUAUUGGCACAGGAAGAUGCUUCGGAAGUCCCAUUUAACAACUGCUCCCAGUACCGCAUGAGAAAUGACCCGGAGCACAGCCGUCGCACGAGCAGCAUGCUCUACAGAAGUUUACUUGUGAUAGGAUAUCGUGAUCGAUGUCGUGGCUAUUACGAAGAAAACGACUUCACACAACAUCUACAACAUUUUGCACUGAGAUGGCUUCCAGGUGCUGGUCGAUGUCUGGGGGUAAGUUCUGAGAAUUCCAGGUGUGGCUGUCUGGAAAAAAUCCUUUGUCAAAUCAGCGGCAUGGGGAACUUUAACCACAAACUCUGCAGACAUCCUGACUCAAUGAGAUUUACAAGUGAAUUCAGCAAGGGCUAUGUCUGGCAUUGGCUAUGGGAAGUCGUAGCCAAUGACUUUCCCCCUGUUGGUGGGAAGUCUUCAUCAAAUAGGACCCAGCGAACUUCCUUCUCACUGGACCAAGAAAAGGCUAAGGAGGAGUUAGAGAAGAUGAAGACAAUGUUCCUUUGUCCUGUCCUGGAAUUCCAGAUCCUGGAAUCUCUUUAA